AUGGCACGUUCAGCAACAGCAGCAGCUGUGGAAAGGAUUGUGCACAAGGCAUGUGAAGAGACGCGAAGAUUGGAAGAAACCAAGGUCUUCGUCUUCAAUCUCAAGGUCGACUCCUUAACCUUCGAUGGAGGCGCUUUGAAGUCCCUCCGUGGCCUACAUUUUGCUAUCUCGCUGAAGAAAGGAAGCAAGGUCGGCCGCGGGAUUCUGUACACCCCUGCGAUAAAGCCCAUCGUGGAAGGAAGUCAAGGCCAUGAGAAAUGCUACUUCAACAUGCACUACCAAGUGGACAUUCUAUGGGAAGGCUGUGAUAUGUUGACCUUCAGCGUGUAUCAGCAGAACCUCUUCUUCUCCAGCACCUUGUUGGGUUCCUGUGAGAUGCCUCUGUCUCUGUGCUUUGAGCAGCUGGUGAGUGCUGCGAAAUCCUGCGAUCCGACGGAGGCUGGGCCGUUGCCAAUUGAAGUGGAGAUGAACUUGAUGUACCAGACAAAGCCUGUGCUCGGAAGGUGCGACAUGUUCGUCUCCUGCAGCAAAGAGCCACUGAGAUCGGUGGGUGGCCGUGCGGCCCUGUGGGCCACGGUUCCGGAACCACCAGGUGACAAGCAGCGAAUCCACUCAGAGGCCAUUAGACUGAAGAUGUUGCAAAUCCACGAGAGUCAUAGUCUCAGCAGACAGCUGCAGCAGGCACAAGCAGAUCUGUGGUUGCAAGGAGUCGAACGACUCACCACCGAAGGUACCUUGGAUGGUAACGCCGUCAACAUCGCCCGCGCCUGCGGCCUGGUCUCCAAGGAACGCGCUGAGACUUUGAGGGAAGACAAAGACAAAGCCCGCAAGAUGCUUGCGAGUAGGAGUGGCUCUUUCACCUGGAGCGAGCAUGACGACACCAAGUCGGAGUUUGGUUGUUUGGUGGUGACGAUUUGUGUGCCACUGGCAGUACUUGCCGGUGUUGCCACUGUGGCUUCAGCGUACAAGAUGGGAAAGCGCCGAUCCUCAUGGCUUCUCCGGGCCAGUGCCAUCGUGCUGGCACUGGCUCUUGGACACCUUAGCCUUUCGUUUUGCGGCCUUUCGAGCCAGAGACGUUUUUUAUUUGGAGAAAGGCUUCAGGGAAACCAAGCCUCAGUGGAUACUGCCAACACCGCAAGACAUGCACUGGAGGGCCUUGAUUUUGCACAUGUGGCAGGCCUGGCUGAGACUUCGCUGCUCACCAGCUUCUCAGAUCAGGCCGGAAACAUCAAUGGAGUGCUGUUUCAAGCGUCGCUGCCGGCGUAUUUGAUCUUCCUCUACUUUUUGUCCUACAAGAAGAACAAUACGCCACCGCUGGUCUUCUUUGGCUUUGCCUUUUUGCUGGUCUUUGUGUUGCUGACGAUCCCAGCGGGCAUCAUUUCCAAGAACACCUUCAGUGUGAUCUUGGCCGAUUCUGACUGGUUACAUGGCAGUGCGGAGUCCCUACUGACCUGCACCAACAUCAUGAUCGUGCUGGGUUUCCGUGGUGCCCUUACAGGUAACCAGGAACUGGCUGACAACUCCAAUGCUCGAGGCCUCUCGGCUUUUUGGCUGGUGGCAGUGAUUGCCACUUUGGCCGUGGGUGUGUCCUUGGGCUUUGGCGCCCAUACUCCCUUUCUGGGAGGCCUGGGAAGCCUGGGAGCCCUUGACUUUCCAGCCGAACCGGUGAAUGCCUUAUCCAUCCCAACGUGGAUUGUGCAUUGGUCCACGGUCUUUGAAUUUUUGAUCGCCAUGUCGCUGGCCUGGACCUAUGCAGAUGCCACGGGAAAUCCCAAGUGGAAGGGCCUCACUUGGGGCAUGUUUCCUUCAAGCGUCUCCAGUGUCUUUGCACUGACCUUCCACAUCUUUUACAAUCAGAUUCCUUGGAUCCUUACAGGACAAGCCGUGUGCACCUUUAUCGGCAAUAGCACCUUGGCCAUAGCCACCUACCGCAUUGCCAGCUCCAAUGGUUGGACGCUCUCGGAAUUGGACCCCAGACCCGCCCUGGCUCGUCUCAUGAAUUCCCAGACCGAUGCGGAGGAGGAGAGUUUCGAUGUGAAGAAAGUCGCCCAGGUGGAGCUGACCUCGGGCCCGCUCUUACUUGCGGAGGUGAUCUUGUUGACCAUUGUCUUUGCUUAUGGCACCAAAUAUGGUGAGUUGAUGUUUGGCGCCAGCAUUUUCCAGUCCCCGGACUCCUCUUUGGCCGCGGCAACGGUGGUGCUGCUGCCGGUGCUGUUGGUGGCCUUCACCAUCUACAGCCAGAGCCCAGACCUGCAGAGUGGACGGCUGCCGGAGCUGAGCGCCUCGAGUGCCUCGAGUGCCUCAAGCCCAGCCCCCUCCGUGGUCGAAAAGUAGGCCAUUUUUCAAUAGCCAUCUGCAGAAGUGUCGCCCAGUGAAGGUGCAAAGAAACCAAGGUAAGAAGAGCGUGAAAAAA